ACUUUAUGAAUUCAUGGACUCUCUCAAUACUGAGAUUCAGGAUGGCAGUGUUGAGGAGGUUGCAGAAAAGUUUAUGGUAAUGCGUGAAGAAUGUUUAGAAGGUCAGUUUGAUUCGAUAAAGAAGCUGCGAGAAACAAAUGUUCCAAGUGUUUCGUAUACCAGACAGCCCAACAGCGAUGACGAGGAAGACAGUGAUGAAGAUGAUGCAAUUAUAGAGAACAAUAUGUCAGCAAUGGAAGUUGAUGCUCCACAACCACAGCGCCAAUUGGAUCACAAUCUGACUGAUAUUGUGGCUGAUGAAAGUAGCACGAAAGAUACUCCUCAAGUUGUGGAUGAAUGGACUGUUGUUUCAAAAAAGAGUAAAGGGAGAAUGAAUUGA